AUUUAAAUGAGUCCCAAAAGAAACGGAAUUGCUUCAAUGGCCAUUUUUCAAUUAUGAAAUCCAAAAGAAGCAACCUUUCCAUUUUCUUGAUCAGGUUGACACAAAAAAUGAAAAAAAUCUUCCAAAAAUUAAACCUUAAAAAACAUUUGUUCUUUUUUCAUUUUUAGAACAACCUGUAAUUUUUUAGCCUUGGUAAUUAUAUGUUACCAUAGUUAGCUUUUGGGAGAAAUUAAAUUUGGAUAAAUUUUUCUGAAGAUUAUAUUACAAGAAAGGUGGUUUCUUGAUCAGAUUAAAAAAGGGUUGGUGCUGAAAUUCUAUUGGAUUUAUUGCAAUCUAAUAGAAUUAAUCCAAUAGAAUUCAGCAUUUUCCCUUGUCCAAUUUGCAAAAUCCAACUCAAUUUUGCCUAUUUUGAAGGGCUCGUCUCGAAGGUGAAUGGAUCAAUUCAGGCAGAUUGGUGAGGUUGUUGGGAGCUUAAAGGCUCUAAUGAUACUGAAACAUGAUAUUCAAAUAAACCAGAAACAAUGUUGUCUUCUGUUUGACAUGUAUGUACAAGCUUUCGACACGAUUUCCGAGGGGAUCAAGCAUAAUUUAAGGUUAAAUGAGAGGUAUUCAAAGUGGAAAGCACUUGAACAUCCAAUGAAAGAGCUUCAUAGGAUCUUUAAAGAAGGUGAAAUGUACAUAAAAAGUUGUUUGGAUGUGAAGGAUUUGUGGGGCAAAGCUAUAAGUUUACAUCUCAACCAGGAUUGUGUUGAGUUUCAUGUUCACAAUUUGCUUUGUUGCUUCCCUGUUGUGAUUGAGGCUAUUGAAACAGCUGCAGAAAUCUCAGGAUUCGACGAGGAACUUAUGCAGAAGAGGAGGACUGCGCUCGCUAAAAAGUACGAGGGAGAGUCAAUGUGUGAUCCAAUAUUCUUCCAGUGGAUGUUUGGGAAACAGUACUUAGUAACUAGAGAGAUAUGUAGUGAAUUGGAGAGUUGUUGCAAAGAAGAUAGAUGGUAUCUUGUUGAAAUGAUAAGGCAAAAGAUGAAUGCUGCAGAAAAUUUGGCGAUAAACGAGCAUGGUAUAGCUGAGAUAUUGCUCAAGAAACUAGAUGGAUCAGAAAAACUCAAACAAAUAAUGCUCUUGCCUAGUUCAAUCUUGGUUGGAGCAAGUGAUUAUCAUGUGAAGCGGCGUUUAAGCUCGCGAGGAGGACAUGUUAAGGAGAUUCAAUGGUUAGGAGAAACGUUCGCGCUGAAGAACUUUUUUGGUGAACUGAAUGAAUCAGUAGUUGCUCAACUUUCUCUAGUGUUUUCACUUUCACAUCCCAACAUUCUGCAGUAUCAUUGUGGUUUUUACGACGAAGUAAAGAAAGAAGGGUACCUUGUUAUGGAGCUGAUGAACAAAAGUUUGUCGGCUUCCAUAAAAGAGCAUUCCGGUCAGAGGAAGAAAGGGCCGUUUACAGUCCAAGUUGCUGUCGAUAUAAUGCUUCAGAUUGCUCGAGGGAUGGAGUACCUGCACUCGAGAAAGAUCUAUCACGGAGAGUUGAAUCCAUCUAAUGUGCUCCUUAAACCAAGAAACUCCUCCGCGGAGAAUUAUUUUCAUGCGAAAGUAAGAGGCUUUGGUUUAACAUCUAUGACGAGUAAUCGCAAGGUUGAUGAUGACAAUGCUGCAGAAUCAUUCAUAUGGUAUGCACCAGAAGUACUGACUGAAAAGGAAAAACAGGAAAGCAAAUGCACUCACAAGUAUACGGAGAAAGCUGAUGUUUACAGUUUCGGAAUGAUAUGCUUUCAACUUUUAACGGGGAAAGCUCCUUUCGAUGAACAGCUUCAAGGGGAGAAAAUGGCGCGGAAUAUUAGAACAGGAGAGAGACCGCUCUUCCCGUAUCCUUCACCUAAAUAUCUCAUAAACUUGACAAAAAAAUGCUGGCAAACGAAUCCAGAACUUCGCCCGAGUUUCUCUUCUUUGUGUAGGAUACUGCAUUAUAUCAAGAAAGUACUCGUCAUAAAUCCAGGACAUGGCCAGCCGGAAUGUCCUCCUCCACUCGUCGACUAUUGUGAAAUCGAGGCUGGCUACUCAAAGAAGUUCCUGGGAGAGGAAAGCGCUGGUUUGGCCCCGGUAUCACAAAUUCCUUUCCAGAUGUUUGCUUAUAGACUUGUUGAGAAAGAGAGAAUUUCGGGCAACUCUAAAGACGAGCGCUGGGAUUCAUCACAUUAUGGUUUUUCGAGCCACAGGACAGCAUCAAUGCGGAGCGAUGAUGAGCAUAUGGCUGCAAUAGAUGAUCUCUUUUUCGCUCCAACUGAUCGAAGGUCAGUUUGUUCAGAGAUAAUAGAGAGUAAAGAACCAAGAUUCUGGGAUCAGAGGUCAGUCAUCUCCGAGACACCUCUUCGAAAAGUUUCAUCAUUUGAUCAAAUGUCAGUUAGUUCUGAGAGUUCUAAAGAGAAAUUUCCACCAGCAGCAUCAGCAAAUGAAAAGACAAUUUAUACUGAUUUUCCGGAAAGGAAAGCAAUACCAACAGCAUCAGGCGAUCAGUUCUCACAGCGUGUUGAUGCACCAGGGAAGACGAUUUCAUCAAAGAGAGUGAAUCAAAAGCUGAAUCUUUCGGAAACCCAAGAGAAUGCAAUGUCUCAGAAAACGGAUGACAGAAAACCUUCAUCGACUGAGCAGAAAUCGGUGCCUCCUGUGAUUUCAGAGAAGAAAAAUUCAUCAGGCGAUCAGAUAUCAACGUAUUUCAACAUUCAAGAAAAGAAACAUGCACCAGAUGAUCAGAAACCAUCAAGUUCUGCGACUCAAGAGGAGGAAAACUCAUCUGAUAACCAAAAACAAAAAGAUUCUGGAAGUCCAGAAAAGAAGCAGUCAUCAACAGUUGCCAAUGUCAAGUCCGUUCGUGGUGAUUCUACGCAAAGGAAAGCUAUGUCAAGAAGAACACAAUCCAAGAAUCCAGAGAAGAAAGUUCUAUCAAGUCCGGAAGCCAAUCAAAACUCAAUGUCAUCUGAGAUAACAGCAUCAAAACCAAGCAGUUCAAAGUUAUCAGUAAAGAAAACGCCAUUUCGCAAAAAAAUACCGGACAAAGAGAGUAGCACUACACCAGAGAAACUGACAGACUCGUCGCCAAGAUCUUCACCAGCUAGAGUUAAGAGAAUACAGUCAUCAACUAUGUCUUCUCCAACACAAAGCCUAAAAGCUUCAUCUCCAAGAUCACAUGCAGUCACUACAUAUCGACAUGGAUAUCUAUCGCCAACUGCAUCACCAUUAAAUCCGUGCCCUCGCUAUGCCAGAACAAACCGAGAACUCCAUUUGUCCUCAGCUAUGAGCCCACAUAGACCAUGGAAACCUAAUAGCAAUAGCAAUAGCUAAUGUGUGCAUAACAUAUAACAAUUUGACUAGCACAACUUUGCAACUCAAAAAUUCUGAAGCAAAGGAAGGAUAAAAUGUGUAUAUUACGCUCAUAAGCUAAGCUUUUAUUUACUCGUUGGAGAUAAAUAACUUUUCGGAGGUUUGUAGUCUCUGGAUUUCACAGGUUUUGAAUGCUGUUCAGCCAUUCCCAACUGCUAAAGGUCAGGAAGAAAUCUGCAAUUCACAUCUCUGAAUCAUAUUUUGCAGACAUAAAUUCAGAUGAAAUUGGUUUCACUUGAAGCAGUUUCAACCUCUGCAUAUUUCAAUGAAAAGGGCACUUUGGAUUUUGUUAUUUAGUGUUAUUAGAUAAUGGAGAAAAAACAUAAAAAACAUAGUAACAAACUUUUGUCAUCUGUACCCCUAAAUGGCACAAAAGAAAUGGCAAAGCACUAAAAUUCAUUUGACAGUUCAAUGUACAAAUUUUCUAUAUAUUGCUCUGUAAGGUUUAGAGAAUUAUGACAUGUACAGCAACUCAUCAUCAA